AUGAGUACAGUACCUAUUGAUAUCUCAUACCGCAGCUCAGGGAUAUCUUCCCAGUUUAGCAGAGAGAAUUUCGCCCAUUCUCAGGGAAUGGGUGGAAUCUCGUGGGGCGGCCACUCCAUCGGAUCAUGGCUUCGUGAAGAGGCUCUGUUGAACACCCUCAAUACGACAUCGGUAGCCGGUCCAAUGGUCUCUUCAGCCUCCCCGAUGGAUAAUUCAUGUUUGCCAUCAUAUUUGCCCUCGUUGGAAGCCGACUUUUGCCGCGAUUACAACUGCUGCGGCAACACGUUACCCACCCUUCAUGAUUUACUACGCCACUAUGAAGACAGCCACAUUUCCCCCUCCCCUCCAAUUGAACCUCCGGUUAUUCGCCGCAUGCAAAACUUAGAAAUGGUCUCGACAAACGAGGUCUUUUUGGCCCCAAAUCUUGGCGGCGUCGGCGGCGGGGGCGGAGGUACUACCGCUGGCCUGUCUGGUAGUGGAAUUUCCGGUAAUAGCCUCACGGGCACCAACUCCAUGGGCAUUGCCAACGCCAACAGUGCCAGCAACGGUGUUUCCCUCGCCGGCACCCCAGUGGGCGUGGGCUCGGGCCUGAAUCAAUCAGCCAAUGGGCCUGGUGUGACACCAAGUGGCUUAGCAGGCGGUCCUGCCUAUCCAGCGAAAAACGAAGCAGAUAUGUGCAUAGAUGACCCAGCUCGCCAGCUCUAUGUCAUGGAAAGAAGCGACAACCGCCCGUACCGAUGUCCAGUCAUUGGCUGCGACAAAACUUAUAAGAACCAAAAUGGUCUCAAGUACCACCGGCUGCAUGGCCACCAAAACCAGACUCUCCAUCUCAACGAAGACGGCACUUACUCUAUCAUUGAUCCAUUGUCAAACACGCCAUAUCCCGAUGGCAUGGGCAUGGAAAAGGAUAAACCGUAUCGUUGUGAGAUCUGCGGCAAACGCUACAAAAAUCUCAACGGUCUCAAAUACCACCGUGCUCAUUCGACGCACUGA